UGCGAGGCUGCAGUGUGCGCUCCUGCAGACCGGCUCCUUGGGAGGGUCUAGACUCAUUCCAAAACUGGGCUCUGUCGCUCGUGGCGAGCCUACGGAUCACUGCUGCUCUCGGCAAGCUUUGAAUUUCUGUAGGCCAGGGGGGCAAAACUGCCCGAGGGGACUCGAGAGUUUCGUACCUGCCGUAGUACAAAUAAGUCUGUAUAUUGCUAGGUACGGGACGUAGCGUUUGAUUGUAGCGGAAAACGCCUCAGGUACUGGACUUUUGUUUCUCUUUGGUGCGUGGUUUUGAUGGCUCCGAUAUAAAUUGCAGGGGUCACUGUUUCCAUGCUGUUGCCUUCAGUCUUAGUUGACUUGCAUAUGGAUUCACACACACUGAACGCACGUGGAUUCACACGGUGUAUUGGCUGGGCAGCCAAAACUGUUGGCUUUUGAGAACUGACAUGCUUUAACAAGCAAACUCUUGCAAUGCAAGACCAUUUCCACGUCUUUGUCGGAGACCUCAGUCCAGAAAUUACAACAGAAGACAUAAAAGCAGCUUUUGCGCCAUUUGGAAGAAUAUCAGACGCGCGGGUGGUUAAGGACAUGGCGACGGGAAAAUCGAAAGGAUACGGCUUCGUUUCCUUCUUCAAUAAAUGGGAUGCAGAGAACGCGAUUCAGCAGAUGGGCGGUCAGUGGCUCGGUGGAAGGCAAAUCAGAACAAACUGGGCGACGAGAAAACCUCCGGCUCCGAAGAGCACGUACGAAUCAAACGCCAAACAACUCUCUUACGAUGACGUGGUCAAUCAGUCCAGCCCGAGCAACUGCACCGUGUACUGUGGCGGCGUUACGUCGGGACUGACAGAACAGCUAAUGCGCCAGACCUUCUCCCCCUUCGGGCAGAUAAUGGAAAUCCGAGUCUUCCCCGAUAAAGGCUACUCCUUCGUACGGUUUAACUCUCACGAGAGCGCCGCGCACGCCAUCGUUUCCGUCAACGGAACGACUAUAGAAGGACACGUCGUGAAGUGCUACUGGGGCAAGGAGACGCCAGACAUGAUCAGUCCGGUCCAGCAGAACCAGCUGGGCUACCCGCCGGCGUACGGGCAGUGGGGCCAGUGGUACGGCAGCGCCCAGAUCGGGCAGUACGUGCCCAACGGCUGGCAGGUCCCCGCCUACGGGAUGUACGGGCAAGCGUGGAAUCAGCAGGGCUUUAACCAGACGCAGUCUUCGGCAUGGAUGGGCGGCGCCGGUUACGGCGUGCAGCCGCCGCAGGGGCAGAACGGGAGCGUGAUCACCAACCAGACGGGAUACCGGGUGGCCGGCUUCGACGCGCCCUGAGGAGGAGAGGACUGGGAAACCGGCGGGCCGGGAGGCGCCGGGAUCGGUCAGCUCGAGCGUCGGAUACGGUGUAUUUAUUUAAAAAAAAAAAAAAAAAAAGAAA